AGGAUGGGUCCUCGCCGCCGGCUUUGCUGAGACUCGCUCGCGUGGGCUGCCAGCGGCGGGCCCGCAGUGGCCGCGGGGCAUGAAGGGCGCUCUGGGGAGCCCCGUGGCCGCGGCCGCCGCAAGCGCCGCGAUGCAGGAGACUUUCGGCUGCGUCGUGGCCAACCGCUUCCACCAGCUGCUGGACGACGAGUCGGACCCGUUCGACAUCCUGCGCGAGGCCGAGCACCGGCGCCAGCAGCAGCUGCAGCGCAAGAGGCGCGAUGAGGCGGCGGCGGCUGGGGCCGGCAACCGCGGCGGCAGGAGUCCGGCCGGGGCCUCGGGCCACAGACCUGGCGCGGGCGGCGGCCGAAGGGAGUCCCAGAAGGAGCGCAAGAGCCUCCCAGCCCCCGGCGCGCAGCAGCCGGACAGCCCCGGGAGCGGCCCGCUGCCACCCGGUACGCGCGCCCCGCCCGGCACCUGGGCAUCCCCGGGCCAGAAGCGAGCUCCCAGAAGAGGGGAGCAACAGGGAUGGAAUGACAGCCGGGGGACAGAGGUGACACUUGACCGAGCAGAGCGAAGAUCCUACAGAGAGUAUCGACCCUAUGAGACCGAGAGACAGGCGGACUUUACACCUGAGAAGUUUACAGAUGAAAAACCCCCUGACAGAUUUGAUCGAGACAGACCACCGAGAGGCCGGGGAGGCCCAAGAGGGGCCAUGCGAAGCCGAGGAAGAGGUGGCCCUGGGAACAGAGCUUUCGACGGUUUUGACCAGAGAGGGAAACGAGAUUUUGAGAGAACAAUCAGAACUGAAGACAACAUGGGUGGAUGUGGAGUUCGAACCUGGGGAUCAGGUAAAGAUACCAGUGACGCGGAGCAGACUGCACCGAUGGAAGAGACCACAGCAGCGGAAGAGUCCCCGGGCCCCCUGGAGGAGGAAUCUCCAGCCAAAGUUCCUGAAUUGGAGUUAGAAGAGGAAACUCAAGUUCAAGAGAUGACCCUUGAUGAGUGGAAAAACCUUCAAGAACAGACAAGACCAAAGCCUGAGUUUAACAUCCGGAAACCCGAGUCUACUGUCCCUUCCAAAGCGGUGGUGAUACACAAGUCCAAGUAUAGAGAUGAUAUGGUAAAGGAUGACUAUGAAGAUGAUGCCCACGUUUUCCGGAAAGCAGCCAAUGACAUCACAUCCCAGCUGGAGAUUAAUUUCGGUAACCUCCCUCGUCCUGGGCGUGGAGCCAGAGGUGGCACACGGGGAGGCCGGGGAAGGAUCAGAAGGGCAGAGAACUAUGGACCCAGAGCAGAGGUGGUGACACAAGAUGUUGCUCCCAACCCAGAUGACCCUGAGGACUUUCCUGCUCUGGCUUGAGAGAGCCCUAUUUCCCUAGCAACCUAAAACAGCGUUGGCGUACCUAUGAGAGACUUUUCUUGCUGUGGGGAAGAGAGUCAGACUCUAAGAACAAUAGAUGUUGCUUUUUCCCGUGUAGUGUGAAUUUGUUGCGCUUUUUUGGCCUAGGGGCUGUGGGAUAGGAUUUCUCCAGACCCAGAGCAGCAGUUCCAGUCGGGGGGUUAGUCCGGCACUUUCCCAAGAAGGUGGAGAAUGGCGAUUAUUUUUUUAUUUAAGGAAUUCCAAAUGAAGUUCAGAAACAAUGUUUAAAAUGUAUAUAUAGAGAUUGUAUUGAAUCCUCCACAAAAACAGGGAGAGUAAAGAUGUAAAAUAGAAUCUGCUGAGACUACUUCGUAAAUUGUACAGAAUUGGAAGGCUGUGUUCUUUAGUAUUAGAGGAAAUAUGCAUAACUUGGACCAUUAACUUAAAGCAGUCACAGCCUACUUUUCGGAGACGGAGGAAUUAAAAUAGAGCUGUAUUUACUGGUUACUUGUAAAUGUUACACUCUCCUGGUAUUUUUUGAGUUCUGGUUUUCAUUUAAUAAUAUUAAGCAGCUAGUGUAUAUAUAGCCACUGGCCACCACUCUAUGACAGAGAAUUAGGAAAAGUAUUGUUUUUUUUAAUGGUGAUUUAACUACCUCGUGGUUUCCGUGUGUAUGUACACACACAUACACACAUGCUUAGUAUAAAUGUGCAUAUUUAGGGUUCAGGUGGUUUUUUGGAUGAGUAUUAAGCAUAUGAUUUUUAAAAUCAUGUUAUUUAACCCAUCAAUCAAGUGAAAGGGAUCCAGGCAAAAGAGUAUUGCAACUUAACACCAUACCCUUUUCUCCCUCAAAACUAGUAUCUGAAUACAGUGCCCAUGUACAGAUGCCCUCAGUCCUUGUCCCAGCAAAACUUGUAAAUAACUAGUAUUUAUUGAACACCAUGGGCGGUUUUUCUCACUCAGCCCUUACACCAGUUGGAGUUCCUAUUUCUUGCCUGUGGUGAAUGUUUGGGGUUAGGGGCCACCUCUGAGGUUAAGCCACUCCCAGAGUCCUGCCCUGCCCAGCAGAGCAAGCCCUGCAGGAGCCACACUUGGCCGUGCGCCUGGGGUGGGAACUGGGGCUGAGGCAGCUCUAACAGCUGUGGGCAGCUCUCCCCUUGUACCGCAGACACUCAAGAUAACAUUUGCCUGUUGUCACCAGUUAACAUGCUUGUGUUGGAAUCUGAACCUGGUCCCAGGAUCUGUGCUUUCCCCUCGCUUUGCUAUGCUGUUUAAGAUGGCUCUGAACUUGAACCCAAGUGUAAAUAAAGGUUGGUAUUCCCUCCUAACUGUGUCUAGAAAGCUGAAUCCUUUUGGUCACUCCCAGGUCAAGAGAAAAGAAUGUGGGAAAAGACCCAGUAGAAGGAAUCGGCUGAACCGCCUGCCCAACCACGUGAUGAUAGGUUAAGGACCUUUGCUGUGGGUGAAUGACUACUCUUGGUUUCAUUAUUAAAUUAAUAUCUGAGUA